CAGGCAGGAAUAGAGAAGAGCAACAUGGCGAUGCCUGAGCCUCCCGUGAUCGAAGGCUUCACCCCGAGCGCCCGCCUGCAGAAGGAGGGCUUCAGGACCAAGUUCUCACGGAAAUUCAAGGAGAAUCCCUUUGUACCGAUCGGCUGCCUUGCCACCGCCGGUGCUUUGACAUACGGGCUUAUCGCUUUCAAGCAGGGGAAAACCCGCCAGUCCCAGAUGUUGAUGCGCACACGUAUUGCUGCGCAAGGCUUCACAGUCGCGGCCAUUAUGUUUGGAGUCGUUUUGGCUGCCACAAAAUCCCAGUCUCGCCCUACUUAAAGACAUGUUGGCUGAUAGAAAUGAUACCUCGGCUCAUCCAGAGUAAUCAUGGACCUUAUCUAAGAGUCAAGCUGAAGCCUAUGGAAAAGAGUUGGACUCAGUUUAUAAAAUGGGUCACGGGAUAAAUAUUUGCGAUGAAAAUAAAUAUCUAUACUAAAUAUAUAUGAAUCUUCCGUGUAAUGGCUACAUCUGAUGGCCAAAUUCUACAAUGACUACUGAGAGAAUGCAUGCCUCUGCAUAACACU